AUGUCUGAAGGCGACACCGAGAGCAGCGCGUCCAAUGCAGAGGAUGAGCCAGAGAAUCAGAACGAAGACCGUACAAAGAAGGUCCAACGCCUCAUAGUCGAUAGGAUCAUGUCCUCAUUCAUGAGUUGGCUGGACAUAAGGAAGCAAGUUAAGCAAGAGGAGCAGGAGCAUGAGAGUGAGUCUCAAAUUGAGGAAGGCUUGUUGGGGGCUGCCCCUGGCGGCGAUGCUGCAGAUGAUGCUCUCUACGAGUCCAGUCCGACAAUGCUAGCAAGUGUUGCUACUAGUGCGACGAGCUCUUCAAGAGGACAUGAACUCGAAAGCUUCAUGUAUCGUCAAGUUCAAGCUCCCAGAGCUCCUGCACCCGUCACUCGCCACAGGAACUCGAACAUUGCCCUCCCACCGCCGCCUCCGCGAAACUCAUCUAUAGCAUUAGCUGUAGGAGCAGAUUCAUCUAGAGGAUCGGCUCCUAUAGGAAUAUCACCGCCGCCAGUGGGACAGGGGUCGCAACUAUCUGCGACUUAUGUGCCAAGUUCCGAUUCAAUGGUAGAUUUUGCGGGGCUACCACCACUGGCAUCAGCGGCACCACCAGCAGCCCCAGCACUCAUAUCACCACAACAGGCGCAGCCGCGAUCAGGCUACACUGCUAGGGGGGCAAGCGAGGUCGAAGAAGUCUCACAUUCUAGCAAACGGAGUGCUGCUCCAGCAUCAGCAUCCCGGUCCUUUGUCUCGGAAGCGUUGUUUGAAUCUAUAGGAGCCUCCGCACCUUCGCGCCGUGCAAAAGCUCCACGGCAGACGUCGGCAGAGAAAGGAGCGGGUGGCACCAGCAAAGUGGCUAUGCACACAGGCAAAAGGGGGCGUAAGGGAAACCCGACGAGAAAUCACGACAGGUCGGCAGGCGGUCAAGCGCCAGACGAAGAAGAAGAGGAGGAGGGCGAUGAGAAUCAACUGCCCCGAGCAAAACUGUCAAAAGUCCAGGAAGACACGAUUGUGGGCGCAAAACUUGCGUGUCCCUUUUUCAAGCACAACCCAAGGAAGUACAAAACCCAGCGACCGUGCUGCGGGCCAGGCUGGGACCAAGUCCACCGUAUCAAGGAGCACAUUUAUCGCAAGCACUCUCUUCCCAAGUUCUCGUGCCCGCGAUGCUCGCAGUCUUUCGAGACCCAACUGGCUCUGCAAGCUCACGCCCGCUCGCUGGACGCCUGUGACGUACGCGAACCGGAGGUCUUGGAUGGUAUCACGCAGGAUCAGGAGAAGAAGCUCCGUUCCCGGAAGAAGACGUCGGCCAAAGAGCUCACUGAAGCAGAGAAGUGGAUUCAGGUCUACCUUAUCCUCUUCCCCGACGUGCGAGAGCGAGAGAUUCCGUCACCGUACCAUAAUGCAGAGGACGCCGAGAUGAAUCUGGGAGGCUACGAAGACUAUCUUCGCCGUGAACUUCCACCGCUGGUCCGCCGACAGCUCGAAAAAGAGGUCGAGCGUGAGCUGAGUUUCGUCGAGGAAGGGAUGAAGCAAAAGGUCAUUGACAUUGCUCGGAAUCUCCAGCUCACGCUGUUCAAGGGCUAUCAACAGCUUGAGAACCAAGAGCGAGGACUGCAAGACCCGCCGAGUGUUGAUGCGUCCUCAAGCUCCGAGACGGGAGCGUCUUUCUUCACGGCGACGGACACUUCGCCGUCAACCAUGACGACCAGCGGCACAACGCCUGAGAUUCCAGAUCCGUUAGACAUAUUCGGUGACCCCUCCAUUCCGGACUUCGACUUUAAUUUUCUUGCCGAGGUUUCUUAUCCAGAGUCACUGUCGCCCUCCAAGGGACAGGAUUUGGACUUGGGGUUCAAUCAGUCUUUUGCGACCCAAGAACCAGCUACGAUCACACCAGGGAUGGAGAUGCUCGGGGCACAGCAACACGAUAUGCCAUACUACGGAGUAGAUGACUACCAAGAUCCAAAUAGCCAGAGGAUAGAGGCGGGCAUUCUAAGUUAUCUUCCAUGA